CUCUUGCCUGUGAAAUGCUGAUAUCAGUUCAUCCUUGUCUCUCUUGCCAGCAGGAACUCUGUGUUACAAGUGUACUCUUUGGACUUGCCGUAUCUGGGUGCAAGAGAAAAGCUGCUGCCCCAUAGGAGAGGGCAUCAUGUACCCUGCACUGAUAGCCGUGCUAGUCACAACAAUUGUCUACUAUGGCAUGGCCACCCCUGUGAUUAAGGAGGGAGGAGAGCUAAUUGUCAACGCUGGAAAGCAAGUUACCUUAACAUGCUCAGGCAAUCAAACUGUAAAAUGGGACAUAAAGUCAAAAAAAUGGUCUGUCAAGCAAUUUGAAAACUUUUCAGAGCUGAAAAUCAAGUCACCCAGUUAUAAAGAAACUAGAAGUUACAGGUGUGUUUACAAUGACACACAAAAUUCUGGAAUGGCCUCAGUGCACUUAUAUGUCAAAGAUGAACAAAAUUACUGGAACACCCCACAAGGUAGCCUCAUUAAAGUGGUUGAAGGCAAAGAUGCCACUCUACCCUGCUUGAUAACAGAUCCAUCCAUCCCAAAAACGAAUAUUCAACUGGAGUCCUCCUCGUUAAACUCAGCAAACAUAUCAUUUGAUUAUCAUAAAGGAUUUACUAUUCAUGGGGUGCAGCCGAAUAAUGAUGGACACUAUAUCUGUAAAGCUACAGUAAAUAGUCACGUGAGGAAGUCUCUACAAAUGACGCUACACGUAACAAAUGUGCCACGGUUUCCGCCCAAUAUUACUCUGGAGCCUGAAGAGGAAAUCAGAAUAAAAGGAGAAGCGUUCAAAAUCACCUGCAGUGCAAAUGCUGAAGAGCUUCCUGAACUAAGAUGGGAAACCCCUGUGGCAAAUUAUUCAUUCAACAAUUACACAAGUUUUGAUCUGCCGCACUGGACUUCCAACUCCACGUUAUAUAUCCCUAAAGUGAACUUCACUGACAGUGGCAACUACACCUGCACAGGAUAUUACCCAGAAUUUGAAGCUAAACAAAACAGAAGGACUACUUCUCUACAUGUGAUAGAGGAAGGCUAUGUGCGCCUCACUUCAUCGAGUGACAGCAGAAUAGAGCUAAAAGCUGGAGAAAGUGCCAGUAUGAAGGUACAGAUUGAAGCGUAUCCGAGUCAGUUGUCCUGGGCGUGGGUCCAUGAGAACCUUGGAAACCAAUCAAAUGUGUCAUCACAGGCAAUGGUGAAACCGGAUGGGCAUUACAGGAAUGUGAGUAUCUUGAUGCUGAAUCGGAUACAGGACUAUGAAGAAGGAUCCUAUAGCUUUACUGCACAGAAUGCAAGAGCAAUUGCCUCUAUGACCUUUAAAAUAGUGUUGAAACGUCCCCCAAUGGUUGAAAUUAAGGCUUCAAUUAAUGAUAGAUAUAUUUGCACAGCAUCUGGAUAUCCAUUACCCAAAAUUGUAUGGUCUCAAUGUGAGAUAAAUGAAAAUUGCUUGGAAAAUACAAAACCACCUAUGACAAAUUACAUCAUUAUCAAUGAGACAACAGUAGCAAGUAAUUUAACAGUUGCACAGAACAUCACAUCUAUUGAAUGCAAGGCUUCUAACUCUGUAGGAGAGAACUCUGAGAAAAAAGAAAUACCAAAGACGCUACCUACUGAGAAAACCAAGGAAAACACAAUAUUUACACCAUUGGUGACAUCAUCUAUGAUACUAGCAGGAAUAUUUAUUGUGUUGUCAGCCUUCCUGUAUUACAAGUACCAGCAGUCCACACUUUAUUUACUUUUCAGUGACAGUGGCUUCCUGAGCAAGGGCACUGAUAGUUAUGUUGAAAUGAAACCGGCCUCCUUCCUCUCAAGUCAAAGUGAUUCCCUCAUUGACGAAAAAGACACUGAUGACAUCUUGCCCGUAGACCUUUACGACCUUCUGAGUUUUUCAUUUCAAGUAGCCCAGGGAAUGUCCUUUUUGGCAGCCAAAAAUUGUAUUCACCGUGAUGUUGCUGCCAGGAAUGUUCUGGUCUCCCAUGGACGUGUUGUCAAAAUCUGUGACUUUGGUUUGGCCAGGGAUAUAGAAAAUGAUUCGAAUUAUGUUGUUAAAGGCAAUGCUCGUCUGCCAGUUAAAUGGAUGGCCCCUGAAAGCAUCUUUGACUGUGUCUACACUGUACAAAGUGAUGUGUGGUCCUAUGGAAUCCUGCUGUGGGAGAUGUUCUCACUUGGAAGAAGUCCCUAUCCUGGCAUUGUGGUAAAUCGCAAGUUUUACAAGAUGAUCAAAGAAGGGUACAAGAUGGACUGUCCUGAUUAUGCUCCAUUGGAAAUAUAUCACAUCAUGAAGACUUGUUGGGAUUUGGAGCCAACUCACCGUCCAACUUUUAAUCAAAUCAGCGGACUCAUCAGCAAGCAAAUGAAUCUCCUUAACAAUCAGGACUAUGCCAACAUCACUGAAGAUCAAGUUCAGGAAUGUAUGGAAAACAAACGUGAUAAUCAGCCGCUCUUCAAGGGAAAUAAUUAUCAGUUUUGUUAGCCUACACACUGGUAUCAAUUGAUUAGUGAUGGCAAGGAAAACAUGUCGCUUUAUAUUGCUCUUGGAAGACUUCAGCAGCAUUCAAGGCACAGCAGAUAUUAAGCUAAUAACGAGGUUCCCUCUCUACACGUGACUGUGUGGGGACAAUCAGGUAGCAUUAAAGUCAUACCACUGGAACAAUUCUCAGGAUUUCUGCUGAUAAAUUCACACAACCAAAUAGGCUUGGGUUUUACUGACAUGACAUUAUUCUACUGACUCUUUGUUCUGACUUGGAGGAACAUGCAGGCCAUACAAGUAGCUGACAUAUAGUAAGGUCACUUGGAAAGAAAACACAUUCAGUAUACUAGACUUGAACUACCACCAUUUGAAUAAUGCAGAACCUUUCUUUUAACUGAUAUUUUAUGAUUGACAAAGACAAGGUAGCAAACAUACCUGCAAGUAACUAAAACAGUGUACGCUCUUAAAAGACCAAAUCUUCAAAUACUGGCUCUUGUACCUGUCAACAAAUUGGGCUUCUAAAUUGGCAAGUAAAGCUGGCCAUAGAUGCAAAGAUCCGAUCAUUCGAAUGCUUGAAUGAUUGGAAUUCCCCAUCUCCUGACCUGCCACUAACCAUUCAGAUCAAAUAAAGUAGUAAAACAACAGAUCAGCCGAUGGUCUGCCCCUGACAGCAAUCGUACGAAAGUAAUGUCCGACAAAGCUGGGGACAGUCUCCCACUGAAAAUCGUAUGAACGGCAAUACGAGCAGAGAAAUUAUCGGCAGCCGACAGAAAUCUUUUAACCUGGCCAAUCGACCAAACAACCAAUCUCCGUGGGAUGAAAAAUGUCGGGACUCUCCACACACGGUCCGAAAAUCCUUGAUUUGUACGAUCGGAUCUUUGCGCCUAUGGCCAGCUCAAGAGACAUUCCAUUAUCUCCUAUAACAUGGUAUCAAUUUCAUCAAAUUAAAUUUGUCAGCUGAACCAAAUGUAAUCCUAUUUAACAGUUAUUGCAGAUUAAGCUGAUUAAAAUUGGGGUUGCAACAGAACUGUAAUUUGUGCUACAGGCCAUUAAUGAUGGUUGUGGAAUAGCCACAUUCUUUUCACUUCCCUGUACCAUAUAUUCAUCAUUCCAAUAGGGUGCAGCAUGAAUAAGCUUUUUAUAGAAAAAAAUAUAAAUUACGUUUAUAUCUUAAAACCUGUUUAAUUACCAGCAUGUCUAAAUGAACAACUUUGUAUGUUUGUUGUACUGCUGUUGCUGAUUCUUUUUUAACCUGUGCAAAAGAUGUCUUGUAUGCAUCUCAGGGAUAAUCAACUUGUAACUUGGAUGAACCUUCAUGCUACCAGGCAUUCCAAAUACAUCCCAUAACCAGGGUCGAACUGGAGCCUUGGGGCCCUCCUGUUAGUCCCCGGGGGCCUCCUCCCAACCUCGAAACUCUUUGCGCAUGCAUGCACGAAAAAACGCCACAGUGUGGCACAACAGCUGGUCAGCCAAGGGAGCAGGUCUGGACUGGCAGGGCCCAUCAGGGCCGGGGCCCACCGGCCCAAUCUGACUCUGCCCUUAACUGUAUAUAAAGUACGCAACGAGCACUGAUCACUCAUUAGAUUUAUUCAUAGAUAGCAAAACAAUUAGUAAAAAGUAUGUUGGCUAAAGAUGUCCUGAUUACCCAUUCCAGAUAACAGAUGACCCCAUUAAUGCACCAUAUACAGGCUUCGACUAGGCCCUUUAUUGGCUUGACCAAUCAAUUUUAGUGCCACUAUAGCAGAAUGGUUGUAAAUCAACAACAGGCAGCAUGAGGCAUCCUAAUUAACAAGGCAUACAUGGAGAAUUGUUAUUCCUUUAAGAACUGAUGUAUGCCAUGCAAAUAUGUCUGCUGUAUUCAAUAGGUGUGUGUUUUAUUCAUCCCCCCACCAAAAAAAUUAGGAUCUUUGUAUUCAUCUGGUUUGUGGAUAUUAAAGUAUUUUAUCUGUUCUUCUCUGUGAUUGUUGUGUACUCUGUUGAUUUCAUUGUAAAAUGGCAGCUAUUGAAGUAAAAAAAAUAAAUAAAUAAAAAUAAUAUAUGCAGAUCUCUAACUCUUCGAUUGGCAGUUUAUGUAACUAACAGAAGCUUGGCAUACAAAUAAAUAUUAUUUUCUGGAAA